UGAAAUCUUGCCUAGUGAAACGGCGAAACGGCAUGUCGAUCCCAGCGAUGGCCAAGGCGCCAUGGCUUGCGUUACUCGUGACGGCGAGUCUACCUGGGAUCGUACAGGCCGCUGAAUCGUGUGUCCGCAUCCCGCAGAACUCGCUUGUGUUCUGCUCGAUGGUGGACUACGCCGCCGUGUUGGACGCGUCGAAAGAUCCGACGGGGGUCAUCGCGGAUAGUGAAGCCAAGGCACACUACGACAGUGUCGACCAGAUCCUUCUUCGAUUCGGCUGCAGCACCACAUACAGCAUGUACACUUGCUCGGACUGCCGAGACGCGUACAAGUAUUGGGUUUGUGCCGCCAAGUUCCAAAAGUGCGGCGGUCCCGGUCAAAACUUCACUGCGACGUGCCCCCACUUUGACCGCAGAAAUCCCGUCAACACCACGUUCCCCAACUGCGAACAGACUCGGACAAGGAUGUGUGUGUCGCUAUGCGAAGAUGUCAUCCGAAAAUGCCCCUAUGUCCUGCAGUUCCAGUGCCCGGACACCGAGACCCCGUUUUUCUCCCGCAAUCCAGCCACGUGCAAUAAGCUGGACCGCGUCUGGCAUCCCGAAGCCCCGGACCUGCCUUGGCCUGGCUCGUUCAGUUGAAAUACACUGCAGCAUGUUGACUUGGAUACAUGCAAAUUCCUCUGAGAAAUCAAUAUAUUGUUUCAAAUGAUGCUGA